AUGACAAUGAUGAACAACAGUCAGAAUCAAAAUCACAAUGGCGGUUUCAAUACGGGUGGAUGUCGUAAUUUCAACACUCCGACCACAGCUGCUUUCUGGAAUCCAGCUACUACUAACCCUGCUGUAUCUGUGGCGCUUGGAGGACCGACUAUUAUUCCUGACGCUGGCGCCAAUGGGACUCCAGCAAUGAGAUCGUCAGUAGACAAUCAGACGGAUCGAACUGCUACCCAGGCAUCUCCUCCCAUCGUAACACCUUCUUCAGCUAGUAGUGGAUCUAAUCAAAUGUCUACAUAUAUGGGGUAUCAAGAUUCAAUUCAAUCAGCCGCUCAAAAACAACUAUUCGUGGCAGCUCAAUCUCAAGCCGGCGGCAAAUUCCAAACAGGGACACCAGCAGGAUUUGAUAUGAUGACCAUGAAUCCAGAUUUCUAUACUCCCAGUAUUCCUUGGCCAGCAUAUUCCUAUCAACCACCAGCAUAUCCAUUUCCCCAUGGCCCAUAUACUCAACCCAAUAUGCUAGAUGUUGGAAUAACAGGAGAUAAUAACCUUGAUUGGACGAAUAACACAAACCUUCGUAAGAAGAGGAAGCCAUAUACCAAAUACCAGACAUUAGAAUUAGAAAAGGAAUUCAUUUAUAAUACGUACGUGAGUAAGCAGAAGCGUUGGGAUUUAGCCCGAACACUUAAUUUAACAGAACGACAAGUCAAAAUAUGGUUUCAAAAUCGACGUAUGAAACAGAAGAAGCAAUCACAAAGAGGCCCCGAACCUUCUGGAAUUGGCAUGAUUCCUCAGUCAAUUUCUUCACGAGAUGAAGAAUAG